AUGGCAAAAUCAGCGCGUUCCUCAAAUACGAAACGCAACAACCGAAACCUUCGAGCAAAAGUGUUUGGUCCAGCUCACGAUGCUCGCACCGCCCGCCUAUCGGCCAAACUUCAAGAAAUAGCUGCAAAACCUCGACCUACGGAUGACAAAGUCAUGCAAGUGGAUGAGUCCGCGGAACAAGGAGGACAAGACCAAGACCAGUCACUCGGUGCCAUUGUUUCCGACGAUAUGGACUUGGACGGCCUUCAAGCCAAAUCCAAGAAGCCAAAAGUUGAUCAUAAACAACGACGAAAAGAGCACAAAGUCUCCAAGAGAAAGCCAAAACACCAGAUGGUCUUUUCUUCCGAACGCGCACGAAAAGCUAAAUUAGCUUCCAAGAGAAGUCAGCGUUGA